AUGCUUCUUCAAUCCGACCCGAGCCUGGCCGAGGUUCCAGGCUUCACCAAGGAGCAAUUGGACACCCUCGCCCGCAGCGUCGAGCUCAGAAGGCAGCAGCUGCAGCAGGACAUCAACGACUAUAUCAAGUCAAAGCAGGACGAACUGCGCGACUAUGGCCACCAGCUUAUAGACCAGUACCGCUCAAUGCAAUGCCCUCAGCAAUUAAGUUCUGCCCAGAAAACUUGUGCGAGUAAUGCUGAGGACACUGCUCCCUCAUCAGCACCGCAGGAGCCCUCUGCGCACUCGCCGCCCCACGCAAAGGCGCCCGAGCCCGAGGAAAGAACUAAGCAGAAGAAGCACACAAAGGUGCACAAGAGAGAGCAGGAGCUCUACGGUUUAGUCACGCCCGUCUUUCUGCCACUGCUCGACGCACGCGACAGUUCGCCAGAGAAGAGAAAGAGACCGACGCCAAAGCCAGACACUGCCUACGGCGCAAACAGCGUAGCAGGCACGCCCGUAGCAGGAGCGUCAAGAGAUGCUGAGCAGAGUAAAGAAGGCCGGAAGCAGAGGAAGGACAACAAGGACAUGGAGAACCCAGCCUUGGGCAUGCUGACGAGGGAGAAGCAGCCAACCGAAGCAGCCAAGAAGUCCAAACGCUCGACAAUGAAGAAGUCGGCACUGCGACACAAAGACAAGGCCAAAACACCGCGCAAGAGAGUCAGUCUAGUCAUUGAUGGCCAGACGGUCCAUCCCUCGGACACUGUCGACGAGCCAUUGCUCACCUCGCCCAGCAGCGAAACAACAUCAGCCUCCAAUUCCAUUGCCUCGCUUGACGACAUGAUUGAUCCGCGCCUUACAUCGGAGAGUCCAGUUUACAUUGAGAACCAGGAUGCCGUACACCACAGCCUUCCCCUCCCAAUGGCCAACGCCAUCCGGUCCGCCAACAAGGCCUUGACAGAGUCUCAGACGCCAACACCCGUAGCCAUUGCAACCGAGCACUCGCCACCGCUUCAUUCGCCACGCUCACCAAGCAUACCCUUUGGGACCGCACAAACCGCAUCGCGCACCUUCCUCGACCCUUCGCCUACUCAACCGCCCCACUCAAUCCCCGAAACCGCUGGUCCCAAUCCAAUCUUCCCCAACUCAGCAGUCGCAACCACGGAGCUCGAAAGCGAUGGCAUUGCAGAUCAAGACCAAGAUUUCGACACCUAUGUCGGCGGUCUGCACGGCUCAGGCGUCGCUGAUGUGGAUCAAGCAGGCAGCUAUGGCUACCCGAGCAGCCUCGGCGCAAGCUACAUGGAAAGCUACAUGCAGAACCGCCCGUUGCGUGUGCGCAUGGAAGCAGCGAGUAAAGCGGGUCUCAGCGAAGCGGAAAAGAGAAGGUUGCUAGAGGAACGGGUUGAAGAAGAGGAAGACGAGCAUGGUGAUCACCACGACGACGAUAUCGACGAUGACGACGAAGAAAUGUUUGAGCACGAUGAUGUCCCACAUGCGAGACACCGCGGCCGCGAUACCGGCGAUGUGGAUAGCUUCAUGGGUGAUAUGGACGACUUUUGA